CCCCGGACGUCCUCUGAGGCCCUGGGACUUCAGGACUCUCUCAUGCCGGGCUCUGUGCCGGCCCCCAGAGCCCACCCAUCCCCUGUCACUGAGUCAGAGACGCCCUCACCUUCCCCAGCCAUGACCCUAGCUUGGGCCUUGUGUCCUGUCACCCCCCCGCCUCCCAGCCCCGGAGCCUCCCAGGUCUCCCUGCUUACUCUGUGGACGCCACUGUCCCCAUCAGACGCCUGCUGUGGCUCCCCAGGACCCGGCAGCCUAAUCCCGGGUCCAGCUGAGCCCUGCCAAGCCCGGCCCUCCCUUCACCUCCCCCACCCGCAUCCCAACAUCCCUUGUUUGCACCCUCUGUGCCCACCUCCAGGAGGACCUUCCCCACUUGUCCACUGUUACUGGGUCUCCAGGCUUCCCUGUUUUAAAGCCCUACCCCCUUCCCCGUCCUUCUCUGGCCACUGUCUUACCACCUAGUGUUUCUGGCAGACGACAUCAUCUGCUCGGUCCACCGGGCACACACUGGCCUGUCUUCCCUGCUGCUGUGUCCCCGGUGCUCAGUAAACAGCCGUGGGAUGAGUGGCUUCCUGCCUCCUGCCGGGCACUGUGACCACCGCCCCGCCCCGUGGGGAGGAUGGCAGGCACUACUGCAGCUGGCCGGUGGGCACCCAGCCCCUCGCUGACCCUUCGCUGGGCAUCUCGAGAUGCCCCAGGGUCACCUGUGCCCCAGGCGUGGGGGGGCGGGGGGCAGCUCUGGCCAGGCUGCUUUCCCCAGUGCCCUCCCCAGAUGGAAAUCUGGAGCCAUGAAGGCAGACGAGGCGGGCAGAGGUGGUGGGGCUUGGGGCCUCAAGCCUCGGUUUACCCACUGGAGGCAGGGCUCGCUCAAGGAUCCCCCCGUACGAGGCGCCCACCCCGCACCCCUUCUCUGCCAGGCCUUUAGGCGCGGGGCCAGGGAGGGUCCGCGCGAGGCAGGCACGUGCGUCGCAGCCCCACGCUCGCCAGGGCCGAGUCCUGAGAGGCGCUGCGGGGACGCGGGGUGUCGUUGGGCCUGGCGGCGGGCGCACCAUCCGUGUCAAGAAAUCAGACGCGGCUUCCUUGGAAUGCUCGUUCAACUGAGUGAGGGAAGCAAAAGCGUCGUCGAGGGAUGCCUGCCGGCCUGGGCCCUUCUAAGUGCUGCUACCGUCCCGCUAACCGCCGAGGCCCCGGCACAGGCGGGCCAGCUGGGCUCCCCGGGCCCCGACGCCGCGCCCGCCGUCUUCUGGGAAGAUUGUGAGCUUUUCUCCCGUUUCCCGUGGCUCCAGACACACCCCCACCGCCUCUCCUGGCCGCGAGAACCUCUCCUACCACCCUGCUGCCGCCGAAAGGGGCUGUGCGCCUCCUGAGCCGGCCUCCACACCCUGGCCCGGGCUGAGGGGUGAACGCACCCUCAGGGUGCACCCUCAGGGCUGGGCACCCUCAGGGCUGGGGCCGCCGGACCUGGGUAGACUGGGCCUGCUCGUGGGACGGCCCUGGGAGCUCCAGCUUCCGAAGGUUAGGGAGACGGGAGCAUUCGAGGUCUGACAGAGCCACCGGCUCUGGCCGCGUGGGCCCUGGGUCCCCUCUGCACGUCAUCAGAAUCCACGUGCACCCCCGGGGAGGCUGGGUUCUCGGCACCCGAUCCAAGCUCGCUCAGGAGAAGAAAUCCAUCUGACCGUGAGUUAAUCUCCUCGACGUACAAAGAGCUCCAACAGAUCCGUGACGAAAGUAAGCGUUCAGUAAAGGGAGCUGUCAUUAUCAUCACCAUCAUUGUCACCAUCGUCAUGGCUGAGCCUGCUCUGACCAGGAAAGCCACCCAAAUUUUCUGCGGGAAGACCCUUCAAGGACUGAAGUCCAGAGCUGUGGUGUCGGACCCUGUGCUGGGCAGCCCAGACAAGUCAGGCUCCCCUCUCUGGGCCUCAGUUUGGGAAACGGAAACACUGACCCCUGACCCGCUCCUCGGGGCUUUGGGAAGCUCGCUUGUUUGACCAGGAAGGACGGUUAUUUGUUUCAUAAUCUUUCACCGGAUGGGAAGGAAACAGGCCUAGCUGUCAGCAGAGGCAACAGGGGCCGGCCUGAGGCCGCAGCCCUGACCCCCUACUUCCCUCGCUGUGUGACCUUGGCCAAGGCACUUGCCCUCUCUGCGUAUCGGUCUCUCCAUCGGUCACGGGGGUACAAACAAUGCCGACCACCUCAGGUUGUAGGACCGAACGGGACCCCUGCAGCUUUGGGCCAUGCCCUCCCCCCCCAGCGCCUCAGGAGGAGUGUGGCCAGGGGGACUGACUGAGGUCUGGGGCAGCCCCAGAGCAGACAGGGCCCCACGUGGCCCCUCACGGAAACGGCCACCGCAGGGCUCUGGGUGGCCACAUGGGGUCUGACGCUGGCAGAAACAACCGUGACUCUGACCUUGUGGUUUCUUCCCGCGGUUCUCCCGGCCGGGCUGGUUCUCCGGCUGGUCUGACGGGUCACCACGGACACGGACACGGUGGCUUAGCGAGACAUUCACUUAGUACCUGAUCAGUGGGCCUCACGGGGCUCAAACCCAGAUGGGCCGGGGGCCUCCUCCAGGCCAGCUGGUUCCCCCUCACCCCACUGCUUUCGCGGCUCUGGACCUUGUCUGUGAAAUGGGGUGAUGACACACAUGGACCGGGGGGCGCUAAGUGCGGCCCCAAAGACGUCCCUGUCCUGGUCCCGGGACCAGGCACCUGUCGUAUCACCAGGCGGGGGUGACCUGGGGGCUCGGGGGGCCCGGUGUCCUCACGAGGUCCUCACGAGAGGGAGGCAGAGAGCCGGGCGGACCCCGUGCUGCUCUGGAAGCUGGAAAGGGGGGAGACGGGGCUCCCUGGGGCCCUGGGGGGAGCAGCCCUGCCCCCGCCUGGGUGUCAGGACUUCUGAGCCCAGAGCUGUCAGAACCGGCGUGUGGUGACGGGUCCCAGCGGCCCCGGGAGGUCACACAGACAUGCAGGGCAAGUUCGAGUCUGGGCAGCAGCUGGGGGUGCGGUCACAGGCUCCCGACUCGCAGGGACCCUGAGAGGUGGUACCAUAGGGGGCGCAAGACGGUGCCCCACUGAGACGUCUUCGUGGCGUCCCGGGAGCUGGGUGAGGACACUUCCCAGCCGUGCUGCUGCGGCCGCGCACCAUGGGGAGGCUGGGUGAGCGGCCGGGGCCUAAGGGAGGGGUGGGGAUGGGCUGUGGGUCUGGGGGCUCCAGCCUUAGCGCCCUGUCCCCACACCCCCCAAAACGGAAACCUCAGCCCCCUCGGUGUGGGCCCACAGCCCGUGACACCGGAACCUGCCCGCCGGCCUCCAGCAUCACAUGGCCUCACCCUACUGCCCUGUGAUGGCCAGCUGGACGGCCACCACCCCGGCUCCUCGAGGUGGCCUGGCCGGCAGAGUGGGAGGGGCACCUGGGGCGGGGGCCCUCGGUCACUGCCACACUCCUAUCUCCAGCUCCUGCCAGAGGCUGUAUACAGUAGGCACUCGGUAAGUGCAACAAAGGCAGCAACCGUCUCAGGGCUUUCCGGGGAACUCGCAGCCCUGAGGUCGGUGCCGGAGUUGCAGAGGGGGAGCAGGUGGCAAUGGGGCCAGACCCCGUCCGGCUGGAGAGGCGGCCCCACACGCCCAGGAGGCAGCUGGGGGCACGAUGCCUGUCGGCCGGGUCCUGGCCGCUGCAGGAAGCUCCCUGCACAUGCUCCGUGGGCAGAUGCUGGAUAAACCGAGGCACGGGGCGGUAAGUGGCCUCUGGGGUCACCUCCGGGCCCUGCAGAGCCAGGCUUCGCCCCAGGCGGGCAGUUCCUAGAGCCGCGCUCGUCCCCUCGCCGCCCUGCGUCCUGGCCUCCCGGACGGCUGGGACCGUCAACGGCCCGAGGCCUCCCAGAGGCGCCAGCACCGAACUGGGCGUUGCUGGUGUGGCCUGGCCGACCUCCCACCACAGGCCACAGCCAGGUUCCCCCUUUCCGGGCCGUGUCCCGCAGAGCUCUGAGGGAGCCACCAGCCGGUGACAGCCAUGGGGCCCCAGGCGAACGAGCUGGGCCGCCUGCUGCUGGCAGUGUCUGUGGCCCUCACGCUGCCUACGGGGCCCCCAGGCUCCCGGGGAGCCCGGAUCAUCGGGGGCCACGAGGUGAAGCCCCACUCCCGGCCCUACAUGGUGUCUGUGGCCUUCGAGGGCCAGCACCACUGCGGAGGCUUCCUGCUCUGCUCCCGCUGGGUGGUCUCCGCGGCCCAUUGCUUCAGCCACAGGGACUCCCGAAUGGGCCUGGUGGUGCUGGGGGCUCACGUCCUGCACAGCUCGGAGCCCACACGACAGGUGCUGGGCAUCUCCACCGUCGUCAGGCACCCGGACUACCAGCCCACCACCCACGCCAACGACAUCUGUCUGCUGCAGCUCAACGGCUCUGCCAUCCUGGGUCCUGCGGUGGGGCUGCUGAGGCUGCCACGGAGAGACGCCACGCCACUCAGGGCGGGGGCACGCUGCCGGGUGGCUGGCUGGGGCUCUGUGUCCGAUUUCGAGGACCUGCCACCCGGGCUGAUGGAGGCCGAAGUCCGCGUGCUGGGCCUGGACGUCUGCAACAGCUCCUGGAAGGGCCAGCUGAGCCCUGCCAUGCUCUGCACCCACAGUGGGGACCGCCGGAGGCGUGGCUUCUGCUCGGCGGACUCUGGGGGACCCCUGGUGUGCAGGAACCGGGCACACGGUCUGGUCUCCUUCUCUGGACUCUGGUGCGGCGACCCUAAGACCCCUGAUGUGUACACGCAGGUGUCUGCCUUCGUAAGCUGGAUACAGGAUGUGGUUCGAAGGCCCAACGGGCCCCAGCCCAGUCCCCUGCCCGGGACCGCUGGGUUCCUGCAGGAGUUGCCUGAACCACAACAGCACGGGGUACACAAAUGAGGUGGUAAAUGAUUCAGAUAGCUCCUGCCUGGAAAUUCCAUGGCUGGGGCAGGGCAUCCGUGGGCCCCCCAAACUCCAGGAAGCCUGGUGUAUCC